UGCGGCCAUACAGAGAAGCGGGAUGUAUUAUUUUAUUUUUAUUAUUUAGCAGGGGAGACCACUGGGCAGCAGUUUUCUUUCGCCCUGAGACAUUAAUACAGACAUUUUACGCCCCCCCCCACUUUCUCCAAAUAAAGUGGUUUUGACUAACGCUCCAUUUAUCUCCCAAAAUAGUGGUAAUAAACCCAAAUGACCUUCUUUUACCUGCAAUUACGCCGCCUCGUCCUCACUUGCCGCACAGUAGGAUCCAUCUUCAGCUGUUCUCUGCUUGUUAUUAAUGUCACAUUGGCUUUAAAGUAAAACAUACACGCCUACACGCGUGUGCAAAUAGACACGGCAGCACAUCUGUGAUCCAUAUGGCACGGUGGGCUUCCCCAGACAGACGUCAUAUUUACACAAGCGGUUUAACAUUGCUUCGACUUUUUAUCGUCUUGUUUUUCUUUGAGCGUGUUUGUUGAACAGAUUAGAAGCGGUCAGAUUCCUGGGAUGCGGACGUCGUUCAUCAACGACAAAAAGGACACCGGAGCAAUUCCGGGUCGACAGAAUUUGCCAAAAAUGGACUUUAACGCCGUGAAGGAUCGAUGAGCUUCUCCCGCCAAAUGCCUGCUUCAUCUCAGCAUGUUGUGGUACAAGCAUGGCAGAACUACUCAGUCGGACCAGCACCUUUUCAACCUGUGGAGCUUCUCUAAAGUCCAAGCGGUGGUCUUCCUGCUUGGUCUGACUCUGACCUUCCUCAUCAUGGCUUCCUACGUCCUGACGUGGGACAAGAAAGGACUUCUUCUCACGCCCUCGCCCUAUCAUUUAAAAGUCGCCGACGUGCCGAGCAACACCACAGCGGCGGUGGCGGUAUCUUCGGCCGUGGGCCUCUCCUUGAAAAGGAAUUCCAUAGACAUGGAGCGGUUGACCAGGUUGAUCCGGUCCAAACUAGAAUACCCAGCUCGGAGGGUUCCUAAUGAGAAGGACGUCAUCGGGACGGACUCCCAUUUGUUCUCCACAAUUCCCCGUCACUUCCUGCCAGGCGUCAAAAGCCCGUGUUGGUACGAGGACGUUCCCGCGGAAAAGAGUCGAGAUCCGUACGACGGAAACCUGUUCGCCGUGCGCUCCAAGAACUUCAAGAUGGUGUGCGACCGCCUGGCGUCCGCUUUCCGGCGGAGCGACAAUGGCGGCGGGCUGUCGCGCCUGCGCUGUCUGCCGUACUUCUACAUCAUCGGGCAGCCCAAGUGCGGCACCACCGACUUGUUCCACAGGCUGCUGCUGCAUCCUGACGUCAAGUUCAACAUCAUGAAGGAGCCGCACUGGUGGACGAGGAAACGAUUUGGUUACAUCCGCUUCAAAGAUGGCUUCCAGGAAAGUUUCCCAGUGGAAGAUUACCUGGACCUGUUUGAUUUGGCUGCGUACAACAUCCAAGGAUCAAGCGCCGGGAAUUCCCCCAGAGACCGACACCGCCUCGCGCAGCUCAUAACAGGUGAAGCCAGCGCAUCCACUAUGUGGGACAACAAAGCGUGGAGCUAUCUCCAUGGCGACAGGGAGGAGGCGGAGCCACCCUUCCUGGCUCAGGACUUUAUCCACACGGUGCAGCCCGAUGCCAAAAUCAUCAUCAUGCUACGAAACCCCACCGAGAGGUUAUACUCAGACUACUUGUACUUCAAGACGGCCAACAAGUCAGCGGAGGACUUCCAUCAGAAGGUGGUUGAGUCUGUGCAGCUCUUCCAGUCCUGCCUGUCGGAGAGUUCGCUUCGAUCCUGCGUCUACAGCACCGGCCUCUCCAACUCCAUGCCGGUCAGACUGAAUCUGGGCAUAUAUAUCGUCUUCCUGCUGGACUGGCUGACGGUGUUCCACAGAGAGCAGAUUCUGGUUCUGCGGCUGGAGGACUACGCGGCAAACCUUCUAGGGACCUUAGAGAAAGUGUUCAACUUUCUGAAUGUAGGUCCUUUGUCCCAGCAAGCGGAGACGGCACUGACCAAGCGGCCGCUGUCCAAUACCCGACGCGCGGCCGACAGGAGCCUGGGCCCCAUGCUGCCGUCCACUCGGAACCUUCUGUGGGAAUUCCACCAAGCGUUCAACACAAAGCUGGCCACCGUGCUGGACAACCAGGCCUUCCUGUGGAGUAACACAUGACCUCCUACUUUUGAAAAAGACACUUGGGUGAUGUGUGUUUGAUUUAAAUGUCUUAUUUAUUUCUUUUGUCCUAAAAAAAUUUUUUAUAAACAUGACU